AGAGAACGAAUUCUCUCGAAACAGCUGGAGGAUUUCGGUAAAGUUGGUGGGAUUAUCGACAAACGCGUUGGUGUCAAAGGAUCAAUGACCACAUCAACCGACGCUGCCUUGCGCAGACACAUAAUUGAAAAACUGCGCCAAAUGGAGAGCCUUGGCACGAUAUCAGCCGACAAAGACGAUCCUCUUGUUAAGGCAUCGAUGGGUAAUCAGAAGUCCAAUGUGCACGCCUCCUUUGAUGACGAUUUGGGAGGACUUUCUGCUGAAAUUGUGGAGAGUGAGUUGUUUGCCGGUGGUCUCCUGAAGGCUGUGGAGCCUGAUGCCAAAAUCAGUCGUCAGAGCACGCAGGAUGCCCUCUUGCAAAAGAUAGCACUGACUAAGGAACAGCGACUAAAGCGCGUCGAGGAAAAUGAAGCAAAUAGACAGAAGCUCAAAGAUGCUGAUGCUGAAUGGGCCGAUAAAGUUCGUUUUAUGUUGGCCAAGCUGAAUGACCUGAAGCCAAAAAGUACCAAGGCUUCGGAGAAGAUGGCGGAAGGCCGCACCGAGGUCCUGCGACUGCUAAACAAACUCUCCUCGGCAAAGAGCGUCGUUCCAGUUGGCGUCAAAGUUGGGACUGAGUCGAUCAAAUCAGACCAGCUACUCGCAAAUCUCGAGUCCAUUGUUUCCAGGAAGGUGGAGUCCACUUUUAGCGAAGAAGUCUUGUCGAGGAGGACAUUUGACGAGCCGAAGACGGAGGACAUUGUGCUUCGUCUCCUUUGUCGCAUCGGGGCUUACGAACCGGUCAUUGUGUCCCAAAUUGCCGACGAGCUGCUGCAUCUCCAGCUGGCGACUCUCUCAAAUGUCGUGCGUGGUCUCUUUCUCGCUCAGAUCGUCCUGGUGGAUGUGAUCUCGUUAAAAGUGGAAGGGAGUGGAGCGCGAAAUGCCAAAUUUGCCAAUUCAGGACGUCUAAAUGGCAUUUUUAUUCCCGAACUACCGCAAUUCCUUUUGCGGCUUAUCAACACAGCCUGUACAAAGGGUGGCGUUCUAUAUGUUGCAGAGGAUAUGUCUUCUGUGGACAACUCUACCUACGCCACCCUCGAUAUAGACAUAGCCACCAAAGGUCGAACUAUUUCCGAGGUAGAAGUGCCAACCUAUCGUCUGGCUUGUCUGAACAAGUGUCUUGAACUUACCAUAUGGAUACUCAACAUCUACGCUGCGCACUUUCCUGCCCCGACCGUCUGCCAAAUUUUUUCUGGGCUUGCUACCGAUCGGCUGAAUGUUAAUUAUUUGCCGGUAGGAAUAGCGAAAAAAGCUGAGUUGAUAAACGAAAAGGUCGCCGGCUUGAAGACACAGCCACAGCCGAGGGAAAUUUUUACCGCGGACAAAGUAUCGUUAUUGCUGGCGAACAAGUGUGCUACACCUCAGGACUUGCAAAAAGUCGGUCUUGUUCCUCAACUAGAGCCCCAGUUUGAUGAAAAAUUAGACGUCAGAAAAACGAAGAAAAAGAAACCGGCUAAUGUGGAAUUGAGGCAGAAGUUGGCAAAGGAGAAAAGAGGAGUCAUUCGGGAGCUUCGCCGCGACGCCCGGUUCCUUGCCAACUACGACCGGAAGAAAACCAAGGCCAGGUGA